CGACUCCGCCUCGGCGCGUCCGCGCCCCCGCCCCCGCCCAUCGCCGCGCGGCUGCGCGGGCGCUGCGAGUCCUCUACGCCCUCCCUUCUUCCCUCCUAGCCCCGCCUACUCGCUCGAUUCCAUCAGCACUGGCUCGUCGAUUGCUUCGCUCGCCCUCAUCCUCCCCACGUGUUCGCACGCCGCAUUGAAGGUUGGAGAUGGGGAGGGCGACGCGGCGGUUUCCGCCUCCCCCACGGCUGCGGGGAAGAAGGCCUGUGAGUGGGCGUCCCUAGCGACCAGAUCCUUCUUCGUCGCUGCGUUGCGCCUGCUCCAGGCCGGCGCGCUGCUCGUCGCCUUUGCCGCGCCACGCGGUUGGAGGUAGCCCUCCGGCUGGGGAGGUGUGGCUCGCCAUCGCUGUAUUCAAGUUCAUCAAUGCCGCGCCGCCUACACGCAGAUGCGAAAUUGCAGCAUGUAUGUUUUACAUCUGAAAGUUCUGAGCUUGUGGCGGUGUGUCCGAUUUUGGAAUCAAGCCGUGUCUGUUCUUGCUUGCUGUCGCAGGGCUUCCUCACAGAGGGAUUGCAGAAGACACCGGCUGGGCUACAACAAGAGCAGUUUGGUGAAGAGGAAAAAAUGGAGUGUUGGACUAGUAACCUUUUGAAGAUAGAAUUUGAUACAAAAGGGCAGCAAAUUGAUAGUUGUGGGACCCUUGUAGCAGGUGUGGUUUUGUCAUCUCAUCUCUUGAUCAGGUACAAAAAUACAAUGGGAUGGAGCUACCAGAAAGUGUCAUCUUGCUUUAGUUCAACUUCAAGGUGAACUUUAGUUGACCUUUAGUUUACAUGCCUAAAAGUUAUACCGAGCUAAUUUACAAGUUCACAUAACUAACUGGUGAGUCAUAUACAUAAGGAGAUAGAAUUUGAAGCAAUCUGUCAUAUGAAGUUCUUUCUUUUUCUGAAAAGAAGUAUAUUUAGUGCAGUACUCAUUUGUUCAUUUUGUUGCAAUAGCUCAAUGGAUGUCAAUCUGAUGUGUAUGUACUACAAUUUUUGUAGACAUGUAUAUUGAACUAUCAGACAAAUUAGUUUUGAUGGAUCUAAGAAAUUGUAAUUUUGGGUGCAGAUGUUCAUGUGAA